CUUUUGAUGUACGGGAAAGAGCCACUAUCUUCCGCACACUUCCCGAAAGAGCCGCCUCCUUCCGGACCUAGGUCGCAUCGCUCGACCUACUCGAGCUCCUCUCUGGAUUCGAAGACUCGUUCUUCUGCUGUGCCCUCCCUCGUCUAUUGGACGUUUUUUCUCAAAUGGAAACGAGGUAGUCUCGAAAUAAUUGCUUGACUUCUUGUCUCGUCCGCGGAUUUUCUGUCCAUGCUGUCGGAUCCGCUGUCGGAAACGCUCGGUGCCGCCAGUGUGUCCUGACAGAGUUGCUCUCUUCCCGUGAAUUUUUCCAGGUCCACGUUCGUUGGUACACUCUUUUCUGAGUUAUUCAUCUCGCAGGCGGACCUUUCCUUUUGUCUUUCCCAUUUCCCCUUCUCUAUGCCUGUGUAUCUACCCUUGCCAUACCCAUCGUUUCUGCCGCGUCCUUGCGCUUUUCUGUCCGUGGCGGUGUCUGUCACUCACUGUCUUGCUCUCCGCCUCGCCGUGUCUCUCCGUUGUUCCUUCUCCGUGUCUCGCUUUUCGCCCGUUUGUCUCCCCCUUUUCCCCGGCAUUUCCUAGGAUACCGCCAACUCUCUUGACUUUUCCUUCAGAGUUGGGGCGCAUUGUUCACUCUUCUCGGAAAUUCGUAGCGAACUGGAAAACCUCCCCGUUUUGCUCAACUAUCGUUCCAUAUGGGGUCUGGACUCUCCUCUGAGUCAGUUUUCACGGGCUCGUUUUCUUUUUAGCUUCGCUCUUAUCUUUUGACAACACGCCAGACGGGAAGCCAGAUGAAAGCCUAGGGACGAACGCAGCUGCAGAAGCUGCGGUGCCUCAUCUGGGAGGGAGUCCAGCGCGGUGUUCCCCCGUGCGAAGAUCUCAACCUCCUUCCCCUUACGUUCCUGUCCGGUCUCGAUUCAGCGCAGAAACUCCACAGUGGCGGCACUCUAUUUCCCUCCGGAAGACUUGGGUCUGUGUUUGAAAACUCCGUAACAAAGACCACAGUCCUCUCAGCUCGCCGAUCCGCCAAGGCUCUAAGGCCAGUGGACGCGUGAACAGCGAAACUUCCAAUCUCAACGGCAGUGUGCAUGCAUUGGUUCUUUGGACGUCUGCCCUGGAGUCUUCCUAGCGGCGUGUCUGCACUAGAAACUCCACAUUUCUUGCGCGUGACACCAGAUCUCGUUGCGUUCUAUUCGCGUCUUUGCCACCCCCGCCUUCCGUGUAUUUUUCCAUAACAUCCCCACAUUCUGCAUUUCCCAGUGCGCCAUGUUGGCAUCCAAGUGCGGCGGCACCGGCGGAGGUCAGGAAGUUGUUUCCAGUUCGUUUCUGAUGUCAAAGCCUUCGUUUUCUACGCUGCCAGCUGCCUCCUCGCCUGCGAACGUCGAACGCAAAGGGCAGGCUGAGCCGUCCUCGACAUGGUUGGGAGCAGAGAGCACCAAGACGGAGGUCGGAAAGACUGGAGGCGCCGGCUUCGUAUGGGGCUUGAGUGGCGGAGGUGAGACAGCUGAGUUUCCAGGGGGCUGCAGAUUGCAAGCUGCGGACGGAAGUAACCGCGCAGAGUCGCAGCAUUUCUUGCCGAGUCAAGGAGGCGGCCAGGGACCAUGCAGGAAAGCAGAUCUUGGGGCCAGAGGGCAAGUGAAGCGGGGCGACCAGGCGGCCAGGGCGCGUGCAGACGGAGACGGGUGCCGAGUCUCGCCCAAAGGGGAAAAUGUGGAUGCGAACUGCGGCAACUCGGGGAGAAAUCCUUCUUCGCUUCUAGUUUCGAAGGGCGGCCCAGAGGUUGGUUGCGGCCUCUCGGCACCGCACAAGAUGGACAAGGUCUCGGGAAGCAGUUGCGCUUCUGCGGUGAACUCGGACCUUUCGCUUGUGUGUCCGCUCCACGCCUACCGCUUUUGCUUGCGGGACUUCGACUUUGGAGGAUUUCUCGGUGACGGCGCACAUGGGUGCGUCUUCGUCGCGAGAGAGCGACGCAGCGGCUUCGUCUGCGUGCUCAAAUGCAUAACAAAGGCCCACUUGGUUCGAGGCGGAAACGAAGCUCUGCUGAAGAAGGAAGUCGAGCUCCAGGCCCACUUGAAACAUCCCCACAUCUGCUGCAUGUACACCUGGUUCCAGACCAGCAGCGCCAUUUUCCUCGUCAUGGAAUACUGCCUGAAAGGAGAUCUCUUCGCCCUGCUAGACAAAACGACUUUCGGAUUCGAUGAACGCACGGUUGCCAAGCAACUCUUCCAAAUUACGUGGGCCAUCCGGACUUGUCACGACAAACGCAUUGCCCACCUUGACAUAAAACCCGAAAACGUUCUCGUUGACCACAUGGAUAAGCUGAAACUCGCCGAUUUCGGUCUUUCAGCCCACAUUGGUGGUGAACAUCGCAAGCGGGGCGUUUCCAUCAACCGCGGCACUUGCGAUUAUUUCUCUCCGGAGCAGUGCACCUUUCGUCUAAGAAACGCUGCUCUCCGAGCGGGGGCCAAGGCGGGAGCGGGGGAGGCUGCUACGCGACAGCAACUGAUUGCGGCUGGGCUCGAAAUAGAAGGCGAUAACGUCUGCAGUUUUGAUGAGAAAAGCGACAUCUGGACGAUCGGUAUCCUCGGCUUUGAACUCUUCUUCAAGUUCCCUCCCUUCGGCUCUCAGUGUCACAUCGAUGAGGAAACGGUCAUGCAAAACAUCCGGAACAAGCACUGGAGCGAGAGGGUGGAGCAGGAAGCCCUCCGGGAUCCUCGAGUAAACGAAAAGCUGAUGUCAAUGAGCGACGAUUUCAAAGCUUUCUUGUCCGCCUGUUUAAACAAAAAGGCGUCCCUGCGGCCCACAGCCGAGGCGCUCCUCGAGUUCCCUUUCCUUCAGAAAAACAAUCCGGAGGUCGUCAACAGCGUUCAUUUCCUCCAGCAACCACGUCACCAACAAGGCCACAAAGGGUUCAAUCAGCCGGCAGGGCCAUGGCAGACUCCUCGGCCGACGUGCUGCUAAACGCUGUUUCGUUUUUUAGGCUUCUGACGGCCGCUUUGUAGGCUUCCCAAUUCCCUGGAGCGUGUAAACAAGAUUUUUUCCUGGUCGAGGUGCGGCAUUUCUCGAGAAAUGUGACAAACGCCAGGUGUCCGAAGCAUUGCGUAUCGCGAACGCCUCGUGUGGCGACAUGCCGUCGAGCUCGUGCGAAACUUCUCGUCCCUGUCCCUUUGUCUCUCCGUGUUUUUGAUUAUUUGAGGAUUUCACUGAGGGCACUCGCCAGAUCCGGUUUACUCGCUCUUUUAUUUAUGAUGAAGACGCGGAGACACACGAAAUGCUGCGCCUUCUGUGGCCGUAUGGACACCAACGAUCUGUGAUGUCGCAUGUCCAGGAAAAAGUUCCUCCACCCCUCUGCUGCGGCAUACGCGGGUGCUGUAUGUCAGGAUCUGCGCUCUGAACCCUUCUGUGUCUUGUCACAAAGUGACGCCAUGUAAUGAACAAUUCUCGUUCCGCUUUUUUCAAAGGUGAGCACGGUUUUGGCAUCUUCCCGUGAAUCUAUGUUCUCGGAUGUCAUUUUUGGGAACAACUGACUUCUUGGCUGCACGAUGUUAGAUGAAGAAAGUUGAGAUGAUAAUUACUGUAGAAAAAGAA